AUGCGGAGUCCGCGCGGGACGAUGUCCACCACCGCUACCAUCAGCUGCUUACUACUUUUCACAGUUCUACCAACCACUGUGGAAGCAGUACAGUCGACAUUCAACUACGUCCCAAUCGGACAAAACCCCACACUCUACACACCUGGUUUUGAACCCAUCAUGCAUCUCGACCAGAUGACAUUCAACGACACAGUAUUUUCGGACCGCGCUUUCCUCGUUGAGUUCUAUGCUGACUGGUGCGGACAUUGUCGAGCAUUUGCUCCAUACUUCCGACAAUUUGCCAACAUGGUCCGUGACUGGUAUCCAGUUGUGACUGUAGCAGUCAUCAACUGCGCUGAUUCAUUUAAUCAAGCCGCAUGCCGAGAGAACGGUGUCACAUAUUUCCCCAUGAUGAAGCCAAGCGCGCCCCCCCCCCCACCCCCCCACUACACAUGUGAUUCGCUCAGCUACUUCGCUAGAACGGCAACUACGGCGACUCAAGGAAAACUGUUUGAGACGCCACACUCUGCUGAACAGAUUCGAGACACUUUGCUACGCACAGUUAGCAACGAGUAUAUGUUCAACAGAUAUCCCGAUUGGCCAAACCUUGGACACAUUGCCGUCGAUAGCCGUACCACUUAUGGACAACUUUGGGAUGGAGUUCCACCAAAAGCCAAUUAUAUGGCGAUUCUCUUCGAGGAAUAUGAUGGAGUUGGUGCUCAAUUCGUGAUGGAUCUUAUUUCCCGAAAUCAUAUUCUUGGAGCCCGCCGUGCUCUCUCGAAUUCUCCACUUGUUCAAAUGCUCAACAUUCGUAACUUCCCAACUGUUGCACUGUUCAGAAGAGACCAUCAGCAAGCGCUUUAUAUGCAGAGAUACAACAAUCAAACUGUGAAGGAUCUGGACGAUGCCAUCACAAGUGAUAUGGAGCAAGGGGGAAGACGAGCACCAAUUCUCACGACUACAUAUGCACCAACAACCACCACUACCCAAACACCUUUGAUUGAUUGUCAUUCGUAUCCAGAACGGUGCCGUGACAUGUAUUAUGUAUCUGAGACAGACAUGCUCAAAGCUAUGCGAAUGGCUCUUCUUGAUGAGGUGACCCGAGUUCCAGGAUCAAUUCGAGGUGACAACUUCACCAAUUUACACGAAUUCAUGACUCUCCUAUCCAAUCACUUCCCUGUACUAUCUUUCCAAAACGACGUCAGAAGAAUGAGGGCGAAAAGAACUACCUCAGUGAUUCUCCGUAACUCCGAACGAGCUCGCCUUGUGUUCACCCAUAUGCGUGAGUUCCUGGAAGGUCGUAAAUCAAUCGGAUCAGUGACCGCUGAUGAAUACCGUCGUCAAUUCGAGAGCGUUGAGAGAGUCUAUGCCAGUCCAUUCCCAGUCAACUCCACGUGGCAGCACUGUAAGGGAUCGUCGCCCCAGUAUCGUGGAUACACUUGUGGUCUCUGGACAACGUUCCAUGCUCUCACUGUCCACACUUAUAUCGAUACCAUCAAAGACGACUUUGUAAACCCAAUGAAGCCAUUGAGCACAAUACAAGGAUGGGUGAAGAGCUUCUUCGGAUGUGAGCAUUGCCGUAACCACUUCAUGCACAUGACGACGACGCUGUUUCCACUGAACGAACGGCGAGUACGUCAUCCACACGAUAUGAUGACAUAUUUAUGGAGAGCUCACAAUAUUGUCAACAACCGUCUACAUGGUGAUACUACAGAAGAUCCACAGUUCACCAAGAUGCAAUUCCCAGCUCCGUUUUUGUGUCCAACAUGUCAUUCAGGAGGUCAAUUUUCAAGACGGCAGAUAAGGAACUUCCUUCUUCGUUAUUACGGAAGCAUCAAACCACACAACCGAUUGGCAGAUCAACGUCUAGCCUUCUGA